GCGAGUGCAAAAAUUUUCUUGCCGAUUGAGAAAAAUAACUUGUGAAUUAAUAAAUUUAGUGCAUCGCCUCGGAUUUUCAUUAACUAGUACUUUUUGUGCUACUGUGUAUUGGGAAGGUCAAAGACUGUGUAUAAAGUGCGAAGGAAAUGAUGGCGAAGUAGACUUAUUUUCAUCUAUCCUGCUGCCAGCUUGGUGGAGAAAAAAACGAAAAACUUGUGCAAAACUGCCGUGACCAGCUCGGAGUUUUAAGUGACGAAAGAAAAAAAAAGAAUUCAAAACCGACAAACUGAGCGCUGCCAUAAAUUUCGCUCAAAGGAGAAAAAGUGUUAAAUGUUUAUCUUGUUAAUUGUCAAUGUGUAUUAAGUUUAUGAAAUUGUGUAAACAAAAAGGUAUUUAGUGACGUAAUUGGGACAAUUGUCUGAAAAUUCGAAAAAAUUGCGGAAUAAUUUCAUAUAAAUUGGAAUUUUUAAAAAAGAAGCCGAAACGCCAUAGUCCAAGUGUCGGCUGAAUAUUAUAAAAUAUCCAAAACCUAUACCAAAAAUAUGGAUGCCAAAGCUGCUACUACAGCACCUCAGUCGUAUCCGGCAACACCGCCAUACGCCAAGGGAGCCCGUUCGUCGCACCAGUAUUUUAGCCUAAGAUGGAACAAUUAUCAGUCAAAUAUGACGUCCGUUUUUCAUGAACUUUUGGAAACGCAAUCUUUUGUCGAUGUAACACUGGCAUGUGAAUAUAAUUCGUUGAAAGCACAUAAGGUGGUGCUUUCGGCGUGCUCGGCUUAUUUUCAAAAAAUACUGUUAGACAACCCUUGUAAGCAUCCAACAAUCAUUUUACCAUCAGACAUUUGUUUUUCGGAUUUGCAAUUCAUAAUAGAAUUUGUGUACCGAGGAGAGAUCGAUGUUUCGGAAGCAGAAUUACAGAGUCUUUUGCGAACGGCAGAACAGUUAAAAAUCAAAGGAUUAUGUGAAGUGAAUGAACCACAAUACGAGCAAGACUUUUCACCAUCCAUAAAACGUUACAAACCGUACCGUUCCCGAUCACCAGACAAUCGUCAUCCACCUCCUCCAGGUUCGCUGUCUACAACAACCGCACGUAGCAGUCAAUCUUCCUCGCAGAACAACAAUAACCAAAGCGGACAGGAUUCCAAAAGUGGCCAUAAGUCUUCUUCUGGUAGAAGUCACAGCAGCAACUCAGAAUCGGUUCCAAUUGAUAAUGGAUCAUCGCCUGUGGUAGUGUUAGAAUCACGUGAUUUAAGCUCAACGACAGGCAAGGAAGGAAAAAGCAAAAUGACCAGCCUUGGUAUGGGUGUUGGAAUAAACGGAUCAGUGAUGGGCGUUUCGAUGGGUUAUCUGGAUUUCGCCCCAGAACCUCCGGCACCAACAGCAACACCGGUGACAGAACAUGUUGAUAUCAAUUGUGCUCCUAGCCACGACACACGUGAUCUGUCCAGUAAGUAUUCUAUCUCCAAUAAUGGCGACAUUCGGGUAAAAUUCGAAACACUUCGAUCGCUGGAUCCACAAGAUGCGAUUCAACUGGAUAACCAAGUUGCCCAUCAAAUGCACUCGCAAUCCCAGCAACAGCAACUGCAGCACCAGCAGAUGUUGCAUCAGCAACAGCAGCAACAGCAUUUAAUACAGCAGCAACAUCAACAGCAGCACCAGCAGCAACAAGCACACCGACAGACGCCUCAGCCUCAGCAAGUUGAUCAGAGGCUAUCGCCACAUCAGCCUUCUCCCCAACAGCAACCACAACACCAGCAGCAUGUUUUAUUAAUAGAUCAGCAAUCGCAACACUCACAUCUUUCUACUCACAGUCCAGCAUCAAAUGCAUCGAGUUCGUCUAGCCAGCAUCACCCAGAAAAUCUCGUCACGGUAGCCUCUACUACCGUUGAUAAUGGUACGCCGAUGGAAAUGAAAACUCGAAUCACACUAAAACAGGAGAUUAUCAGCGAAACCGAACACCAGCAGCAGCAGCAUCAACAACAGAUGGAAGUCGAGCAGGACCAAUCAUCGAUGCACGGUAUGGUCGUGACACCGGAGAUCUCCGGAAUGAUGAGCCAGAGCCAAAUGAGUGAUAUUUAUCAAUCAGAUGCUAGUGAGGAUUCAAAAGUUGGCAUUCUGGACGGCUCGACAAUGCAGUAUACUAACCUAACCAGUCCAAAUGCUAGCGAUCCAAAGACACCGAGUGGUCCAAAAACGUGGACAGCGGAGGAUAUGGAAUCCGCCCUAGAUGCGCUGCGGACUCACAACAUGAGUCUAACAAAGUCUAAAAAAACUAAAUUAAAGGCUUCCGCAACAUAUGGCAUACCAUCAACGACGUUAUGGCAACGAGCUCAUCGGCUUGGUAUUGAUACGCCAAAAAAGGAGGGACCGUCCAAAACGUGGAACGAGGACUCUUUGAACAGCGCCCUAGAAGCAUUGCGCACUGGUACGAUAUCAGCAAACAAGGCAUCGAAAGCGUUCGGCAUUCCGUCUUCCACGUUGUACAAAAUUGCUCGACGAGAGGGAAUUCGACUGGCAGCUCCGUUCAAUGCUGCCCCAACCACAUGGUCCGCGGAAGAUCUUGAUCGUGCCUUAGAAGCAAUUCGGGCCGGUCAAACGUCCGUGCAGAAGGCUAGUACCGAAUUUGGCAUCCCAACUGGUACACUUUAUGGGCGCUGCAAACGAGAAGGAAUCGAGCUGUCGCGAUCCAACCCUACCCCCUGGUCCGAAGAUGCUAUGAUGGAAGCCUUAGAAUCAGUAAAGCAGGGGCACAUGUCGAUAAACCAAGCUGCCAUCCACUACAAUCUACCAUAUAGCUCUCUAUACGGUCGGUUCAAGCGAGGCAAAUAUGACACACCAAACAACACCAAUUCUUCACAUUCGAACCAUGGAGGAGGUGGCGCCGGCGGAGGCGGUAACGUCGGCGGCAUCGGAGGCAUUGGAAGCAACGUGGUAACAUCAGCGGCGACGAUGGCCGGCGUUACCAGCAGUCCGCAAAUGGAAUUUAAAAUAGAACCUCAACAUAGUGAACAUAGUCCAGAGAACACGCAACAUUAUAAUCCUGCGCUAACAACAUCACUAACAACGUCGUCCGCGCCGCCAUCGACUCAAACCCACCACGUCGUACCGUCGCAAUCGCCAGUCAACAUUCACAUCAUAAACGCCAAUCAUCACCAUCAUCAGUUGCAACCGACUCCGCCGCCGCCGCAUCAAACUGUAGCGACGACGCAUCACACCUUGCAGGGAGCGCAACCACAGCUGAUUCAACAUCACAUCAUUCCACAGCAGCACCACAUAAUCUACCAGCAGCCGCUUCAACAGCUACAGCAACAACCGCAGUACCAUCCGAUGUAUCACAUUAUCAAGCAAGAAAAUGACAGAAGUUGAAAC